CACCACUCCUCCCCUCACGACCUGCAUCCCAAACCCUAACCCCUCUUCCCUCUCCCCCCAUUGGACUGUCGCCGCCACCGCACCCUACGACGGCCGCCGCGACCUCCCCUCCCCUCCCACCUCAAGGCGCUCCUCCCGCCGUUCACGCCCGCGCGCCUGCUCCUCAUCGCCUCGCUCAUCGCCUUCCCCAUCGACCACCCACUCCGUGACCACCUCAUCGCCACCGCCGCCUCCGUCCUCGCCUCCGCGUUCUCCGCGCAGGUCUCCGACCACUGACAAGAUGCAGCCAUACCUCUCCAUCUCUCCCAUGUUGCCAGAUCGAGCCGACGAGGUCCGUCCACGGCCAGAUCCGCCACGGCCACCGAGGGCCUUCCAGAUCCGCGCCGUCGUUGAGCUGGAUCCACGCCCUGCUAGGCACACCAUGGCCGACGUCCUCAAGGCGACCUCCAUGGACGACAUCGAUGACAAGGACGAGGAGGAAGACGACCAUGACAUGCGUGACCCCACCCCCGAGCCCGACGAGCUUGACGAGGAGAUGUCAAGUCCAACCUCGAGCUCGACCAUGACGGCGUCGUCCAGCCCGACCAUGACGAUGCGCCACAGAAGGGUGCCCAGAAUUUGAAAAGGAUGAAGCGCAGCAGCAAAAUCGGAAAAGAAAUCAUUGCUGCGUAGGUGCUAUGGUCCCUGUGAACAUGUAUUGCCCGAAAAUAUAUCUGUUGCAGACUUUUUUUUUUGAAACCACAAACUUGCCUAUAAUUUGCUAAUAUGUGCUAGUGUAGCUGUACUGAUGCAAAUACUACUUGUGUACUUAUGGAGUAGUAAAUAGCCUUUCAUGUCAUUCUCCAAGUCUGCACAUAGCAUUGUUAUUUUAGGAGCAGAUUUCUCAUCCUUAUUUGGAUAAGAAACCUGAACUUGCUUAAUAGCCAAUUUAGUUGUGUAUUACCAGUUCAAGUUGUUUAGUAUACUAGGAAAUUGCCCGUGCGUUGCAACGGGAACAUAAGUAUUCUAGUGGUUCAACAUUAAUUGCAUGAAAUAUGUAUCUUUGAUA